AUGAGCCAGCAACUGAGGAAAAGGGCCAAGACUAGUGGCCGGAAGGGCCCUGGUGGAAAAGCCCUUAGGAGUGCUAAACCAAGCCAAGCCCAGCAGACAGAAAUGGAACCUCUCAACACGACAUGGGCCUUCUGUGAUGAUGUGCCCUGUGAGACUGACCAACGAACUGUAGGAGAGGAUGCCUUCCCAGACUGUUACAUAGAAUGUAUAAUCAGAGGUGAGUUUUCUCAACCCCUCCUGGAUGAGGACUCACUUUUUAAGUCUUUUGACUACUUUAAGGAAGGAUCGGAACAAGAGCUUUCUCAACAGGUUCUUGAUGCAAACUCUCUUCUUGAAUGUUCUUUGGGAUACAUGGAAAAGGGAGCAGAGCAGGAGCUUCCUCAGCAGGUUGUUGGAGAGAAUUUACCUCUUGGGUAUUCUGAGUACAUGACAGGCAAGAAGCUCCCUCCUGGCGGAAUACCUGGCAUUGACUUAUCAGAUCCAAAACAACUUGCAGAGUUUGCUAAAAAGUCAAAAGAAAACAAAGAAAGUAAUGCUCCAGAAACAUUCCCUUGUCCUCAGAGUGGAUGCACAAGAAAAUUGAGGAACAGAGCUUCCCUGAAGAAGCAUCUCCUUAUUCAUGGCCCCCGAGACCACGUGUGUGCAGAAUGCGGGAAAGCGUUCUGUGAGAGCUCGAAACUAAAGCGACAUUUUCUGGUUCAUACUGGAGAGAAGCCCUUUCAGUGCACUUUUGAAGGAUGUGGAAAGCGCUUUUCCCUGGACUUCAAUUUGCGUACACAUGUACGCAUUCACACUGGGGAGAAACCUUUUGUGUGUCCCUUUGAAGGUUGUAACAAGAGGUUUAUUCAGUCAAAUAACCUGAAAUCUCACAUCUUAACUCAUGCGAAGAUAAAGGAUCAGUGA